GUAGAAAACAGCUUGCAAACAGCAUUCAGGGGGAAGUCCUCUGUUUUCUCUUUCAGCAGCAGCACCGUUAGUUAGUGAGUUAGUUCCCUCUGAGCGCUCAGAGUACGCUGCAUGUAAUCAAGCUUCUCUGUGGACGGAGUAAAAGCAUCUAUCUGUCUCUUCUAAUUAAAAAACUUCAACAUUCAGCCUUUUCAUCACUAAAGGUCAAUAGGUCAAGUCACCCUGAUUUCAUCAAUUUUUCAUGAUGAGUGUGUCCCAGACAUUGGAGACAGAGGAGGAUCUGCUUACUUGCCUCCACAUCAAGUUUUACAACCCUCAUCAGAGUAGUAAGGGCCUUUACGGGCUGCUUCCUGUGGGGAACAAGAGCAAGCACUCAGCAGACGACCCUCUCAGGCUGGGACGCGACGCCCAGUCCUGCACCUACGCCCUGGUGGACGCCCGGGUGUCCCGCAAACAGCUGGCCCUCCACGCCUACCGCACGCCCCAGAGCCCGGACAUGCUCUUCACCAUCCAGAACCUGAGCCAGAAGGGACGACUGUCGGUGAACAGCUCGGCGCUGGGCUACCUGGAGAGGACGGAUCUCCCGGACAAGGCCCUGAUCCGGUUCGGAGAGUACGAGAUGCUGAUCAUCCGCGAGUCCGGCGAGGCCAAGGGGAGCUUCGAGGUGGAUUUUGAGGUGCUGGCAGUGCCUCCGUCCAGAGAGACAUGCACGUGUGUGCCCGGUGUGGCGCCCGUCAUGGAAUCAGGCCCAUAUGUGAACAGUUUGCCGGGUGAACUCAGAGUGGGCCUUCUUGGCCCCCUUGAGAGUGAUGAGACUGUCAUGUGUUAUUCGUGAUGUUGUGACUUUUUUCUUUGUUAGCUUGCAUUUCAAGGUUUUACAAAUUACCACGCAGUUGUUACAUUAGAGCUAAAGCAGGCUUUGAUCAGAUCCCUUAUUGUAAUGUGAAAUCAUAGUAUUAUUUUGCACCCUAUAUUGUGAUCAGCUGUGAUCUUUGUAUACUAUCAGCUUUGUUUCUACUUUUUUAACUUGAGCACAUUAAAUUGUCUUUUUUUAUGAGAA